ACUGUGGCGGGAGCUGGGUCUCCGUUCUGUGGUAGAGAAUGCUUCUCUACUUCCUGUGCCUGUAACCACAAGGACAAGAGGAAAGACUUUUCGCUGUUGGGCCGGCGGCCCUUGGAAGACUCGGACCGCCACCAGCUGCAGCAGAAGUGGAUGAGCAUGUGGAGCUCGGCGAGCGGGGAUGCGUUGAUGGCCGAGACUGCAAAGGCGCAGAGCGUGGCGGAGGAGGUAGCAGAGGCCGAGGGCCCGCUGGUGUUCCUGUGUUCCGGCUGCCGGCGGCCGCUGGGCGACUCGCUGGGCUGGGUGGUCGGCCCGGAGGAUACCAACUACAUCAUGUUGCGCUGUGUAUCCUGUAAUGUUUCUGUGGAUAAAGAAGAGAAGCUAUCCAAAUGGAAAAAUGAAUAUGGUUGCAUCGUCCAGACUUUGUACUGCACCGGCUGCUCGCGCUACCUCGGCUACCUGUACACCUGCACUCCCAAGGACCUAGAUUACAAGAGGAACUUGUUCUGCCUCAGCGUGGAUGCCAUUGAAAGUUAUACUUUAGGGUCCUCUGAAAAUCAAAUUGUGCCAGAAGACAAAGAGCUUUUACAUCUUGAAAGCAGAGUUGAAAUGGAAAAGUCUCUAAAGCAGAUGGAAGAUGUCUUGAAAGCGUUACAGACCAAGCUGUGGGAAGUUGAAUCAAAAUUGUCCUUUACCAAUUGCAACAACCGAACUCAGUUCCGUGUCCACCGCUCGGAUUCUUAGAGGAGGAGACCUGUAGAAUUACUUCCGCAGCUGUGCUGUGUGGCGCAGAGGCAGUUGCCUCCUGUGUUAGAAAUUUAAAGCUAUUUUCUGAUACUUAGAAUUGGAAUUUAGGAGUUUUCAUUUUGAUAAGGAGUUGGGAUUUUCUGAAGUAUUUUUUGUGUCACAAUCACUAUUCUGGACUUCCUGUAAUUUUAGAAUUUGAUUUUACCUUUAAUACUUGGAAUAAUAUUUAAUAAUGCAUGGUAAGAAUUUAGUUUUUUCUACCUGUUGUAUAGUUGGAUCUUUGAAAACUAAUACUUAAGGCUUUUUGGAGAAACUGGUCAUUUGAAUUAUUUGUUAACAUUAUUUGAAAACUUGUCUGAGAACAGAAUAUAUGAUUGCAUUUUUAUGCUCUGAAUGCUACUGUCUGGCUAAAGAAUCUGGAAGGGGAGCUGGGGAUUUAGCUCAGUUACUCAGCGCCUGCCUGGCAAGAAUGAGAUCCUGAGUUCAAUUCCCAGUACCAAAAAAAAUCUGGAAGAGUAUUUAGACAAAGAACACUUUCAGAGGGGCUGGGGAUUUAGCUUAGCGGCUUAAGUGCCUGCGUGGUCGUGAGUUUGAUGCCUGGUUCCGAUUUAAAAAAAAAAAAAAGUUAAAAAAAAAAUACUUUCUGAAGUUAGGAUUCUGGGCCAAUUUUUGAUUUUUUUUGUUUUCCAUAUGUAAAACUUUUAUAGCUGGCAUGUUUGUUUUUUGCUUUUUGAGACAGGAUCUUGCUGUGUAUUUCAGGCCGCCCUUGUACUGAUGAUGUAGCCCAGGCAGGCUGGAAACUCUUGUGAUCCUCCUGCCACAGCCUGUCAAGUGCUAGGAUUAUAGAUGUGCAUCACCAUAUCCAGCUAUAGUUAGCAUGUGUUACUUUUAUAAUCAGGAAGAGAAUAAAGAUUAAAAUCAAGGGCUUUAAGA